UCCAAGUGCGGUGAGCUAGUUUGCCUCCGCUCGGCCACCGUCCGUUAGCGUUCAGCAUAUUUUGUCCGCCGGCCGCCGCCGUUUUGGAUUACUCACCGAUCCGAGUUGUGAGGGAGAGGUGUCUGUUUCACGGAAGCCGGCUGGUGUGACCGGCACCAUGGAGUCGCCUUUCAGUCCGGGGUUUCCUCACGGACCGGAGGAAGACUGGGAGUCUACGUUGUUUGCUGAGCUUGGCUAUUUCACAGAUACGGAUGAGGUACAGUUUGAUGCAGCAAAUGAAACUUACGAAAAUAAUUUUGAUCAUCUUAACUUUGAUUUGGAUUUGAUGCCUUGGGAGUCAGACAUUUGGAGCUCUAACAACCACUUCUGCUCAGUUAAAGAUAUUAAGGCAGAACCCCAGCCUCUUUCUCCAGCUUCCUCAAGUUGUUCAGUAUCAUCUCCUCGGUCCGUAGACUCUUGUUCUUCAACUCAGCACGUUCCUGAGGAGUUGGAUUUGUCUUCCAGCUCCCAAUCUCCCCUUUCCUUAUAUGGUGAAAGCUGUAGUAGCCCCUCCUCAGUAGAGCCACUGAAGGAAGACAAGCCUGUCAUUGGUCCUGGAAACAAAACUGAACAUGUGCUGACUCCAAAGAAAAAAAAUCAGAUGAGUUCAAAACCUUCAGUUCAGCCCAAGCCUUUAUUACUUCCAGCAGCUCCCAAGACUCAAACAAAUGCCGGUGUUCCAGCAAAAACAAUCAUUAUUCAGGCACUACCAGCCCUUAUGCCACUAGCGAAGCAGCAAUCGAUUAUCAGUAUACAGCCUGCACCCACUAAAGGUCAGACUGUUCUGUUCUCUCAGCCUACUGUGGUUCAGCUUCAGGCCCCUGGAGUGCUGCCUUCUGCUCAGCCAGUUCUUGCUGUCGCUGGAGGGGCCACACAGCUACCUAAUCAUGUGGUAAAUGUGGUGCCAGCCCCUGUGGUGAAUAGUCCAGUGAAUGGCAAACUUUCCAUGACUAAACCAGCCCUACAAAGUACCACAAGAAGUGUGGGUUCAGAUAUUGCUGUGCUAAGGAGACAGCAGCGGAUGAUAAAAAACCGCGAAUCUGCUUGUCAGUCACGCAAGAAGAAGAAGGAGUAUAUGCUAGGACUGGAGGCCAGGUUGAAGGCUGCCCUCUCUGAGAACGAGCAGCUGAAGAAGGAGAAUGGGUCCCUGAAGCGACAGCUGGACGAGGUAGUGUCAGAGAACCAGAGGCUUAAAGUCCCGAAUCCAAAACGAAGGGCUAUCUGUGUGAUGAUUGUGUUGGCAUUUAUAAUGCUGAACUAUGGGCCCAUGAGCAUGCUGGAACAGGAUUCCAGGAGAGUGAAGCCGAGUGUGAACCCUGCAAAUCAAAGGAGGCAUCUUUUAGAAUUUUCCGCUAAAGAAGUUCAAGACACAUCAGAUGAUAUCAACCAGAAAAACAGCUACAGAUAUGAUCAUUCUGUUUCAAAUGACAAGGCCUUAAUGGUGCUAACUGAAGAACCACUACUUUAUAUUCCCCCACCUCCAUGUCAGCCCCUGAUUAAUACAACAGAAUCUCUCAGGUUGAACCAUGAACUUCGAGGCUGGGUUCAUAGACAUGAAGUGGAAAGGACCAAAUCAAGAAGAAUGAUAAAUAACCAACAGAAGACCCGCAUUCUUCAGGGUGCUCUGGAGCAGGGCUCAAAUUCUCAGCUGAUGGCUGUCCAGUACACAGAAACCACUAGCAUCAGGAAUUCUGGGAAUGAGCUGCAAGUUUAUUAUGCUUCACCAGGAAGUUACCAAGGCUUCUUUGAAGCCAUCCGCAGGCGAGGGGACACAUUUUACGUCGUAUCGUUUCGAAGGGAUCACCUGCUAUUGCCAGCUACUACCCAUAACAAGACCACAAGACCAAAAAUGUCAAUUGUCUUACCAGCAAUAAACAUAAACGAUAACGUUAUCAAUGGGCAGGACUAUGAAGUGAUGAUGCAGAUUGACUGCCAGGUGAUGGACACCAGGAUCCUCCACAUCAAAAGCUCCUCCGUUCCUCCUUAUCUCCGAGAUCAUCAGAGGAACCAAACCAACACCUUCUUUGGUUCCCCUCCAGCAGCCACAGAGACGACCCAUGUUGUCAGCACCAUUCCUGAGUCCUUACAGUAGUACCCACCUGUGCUGGGAAGCAGAGGGUGAGCCUGGCCAACCCGAAGAGCUGGUGAGGAGUGCUGCUCUGUCUCCCUGGCAAGUGGAGAACUGCCUCAUACUGAGACUCAGGGAAAGAGAAAGAACGAGAAACCACUCCGAUUUUCACCAUCUACCCACCUGUGCAGAACGUGCUGGAGAGCAGUUCUUUCCUAUUGGCUGUGUUUUGUUCUCAGUCAUCUUCUUCCAGAUGGUUUGUCCACCUCACUUCCUGGCACAGUAAAGUGAUUUUUAUUUAAAGCUUUAGAACACAUGCUCAUAGGGUUUCCAACCAUUGACUUUCCCUCUACUUCAAAUCCACUCUGAAUGUUUUACUUGAGAAAACACAUUUCAAAAAUCCAAACAGCCAAAAACAUCCCACAAAGAGUCAAAACAGUUUGGAGUUUGGGGUAAUGGGAUUAUCCCUAGUUGAUAGUUUAUUUUUACUUGUGAUUUGUGGUUCAUCCCUGAACAAAUACUGUUGUGGGUUCAGAGUGUGAGCCACACACUGGAGAGGAGGAAAGGGAAGGCCAGUUGUGGGGUAUAGGAAGAGGUGGUAGCUACAUUUACAUAUGUGUUUAAACAUUGGGGGCUGAGAUGGCGCCAGUGUAUGCUGAGAGCCACAACUACCUUUCACUCUCGGAACUCCUUACUAAUCAGCACAGAUCUUUAAGGACCUCAGGGCAAAUGCUUCCUUCUCAUGGCAAAUCCUCACUCAGCCCAGGACAUGGCUGUGAAACCAGACUCAAUUUGGAGGCAACUUCAGAUUUAAGCAAGACUAGAGCAUUUUUUUUCCCUUACAGACUGACAAUGCCCACGGCAAGCAUGGAUUCCUACUGAAGGGCUGUACCAUAUU